UGUACUGUGUUUUGAAAGGGAAUGGACUCCAGUUCCGUUUUCCUCUUCAGAAUACACGAUCCUGGUUGUGCCAUGGUGAAUGUUUAAAAUGUGUGAUAUCCAAUGAGAUUUUUUUUGCCCCUGGAAUGCCUCUGAUAAAAUGGGACCGCAUGUCCCUAUGUGUUAAACUGACAGAGAAUUGAGACAUACAACUGGCUACGAAAGAGAGAGUGGGAGAUAGAGAGAGGUAGAGAGAAGCUGUACAGUGCCAACUUAAUGUACAUAUACAAACUUUACAUGAGGAACGUCUCCAAAAGCAAUAUCUUGAUUAUGGAUUUUUUUUGGUGUAUUGAACUGUACAGGACUCAGCCCUAAAAUGUAUUAUGAUUAUUCUAAUGAUAAUAUGAUAAUUUCUUCCAUUUGUAUAACUACAAUGAAGACAGUUAAGCUUAAAGGAAAAUGAGAGUUUUGUCCAAAUUCCCACACUUAGCGGUCGGACCCAAGCAACGUAUAUACGUUUUUUGCUGCCUAUAAAUUCCAUCUAUGUACUUGCAUGAACGAGAAGAAUGUCAAAUGGACAUAGAAAGGCACCGGGACAUCAUAGUCCUUGCAAUGGCUUCUCGGUCACAGUAAGGAAUAUUGUUAAUAAUAUUACUUUUAAGGAGUAAAAAGCUCCUUGAUUUUUUGCUGCAAAGUGUUGAACACUAAAAAAACAAACCAACAUAAAAAUGUUAUGAUAUUUUUUAAGAAAGGUGACAGAGAUAAAGAAUACGCUGUCAGCUAGAUAUCAUGUUAUUUUCUUUUUCCUUUAAAAAAACUGAAACGGUUCCGUUUUGUGAUAACAGUCAUUGUAAAAUGCUUGUACUUGUAUUUGUGUAUUUUGUGUGAUUUGUUUAGUUAUUUUUAGACAAUCACAAAAUAAGAUGCAAGCAUUGUAUAUGGCAGACUGGCAGACAUUUUGUGAUGUGUACAGUUUGUCAAAAACUUCUUCCACUCGUUAAAAGUUUGUAAUUAUGAUUAUAAAGUCAUGGAAAAUGCUGUUGGUUUUUACUUUUUUGUUUUAUAUUCUAUUUGUUUUUUGUUUUUUGUUUGUUUUUUAAUAAAAAGCACUACAUUAUUGUGAAUAGAUUCAUUGUGUUGUUUUGCUUUGCUUGGGUUAUAGGAAGAUAGCAGGAAUUAAUUAACAAAGACAAAGUGCAAAUGAUUAAAUUUGAACUAUUUUGGAGGAUUGAGAUAUGAAACAUCUGAUGGCACUUGGCAGCGCCACCUACGUGCAUUCUUCACCUCCUGCUAUCCUCAUCUUCACUGUUGAAAGUCCUGCAAUAUUGUCUCAUUUGUUGGUAUUGCAUAGUUGAGAAGUUGUUCAAUUAAAUAGAAAAAUAUAUAAUAAUACAAAACCGCAGUGCAAACGCCUCAUUCUCACUCUCGCGAGAAGUAAGUACCUGCGUUAUCUUUUACUUUUCAAUUCUCCAACCACAGUGCGUGGAUUUAGGUAGGUGCUUUUGACGGAUCGAUUUUCACAACAGUAUAAAUUAAAAGGAUUUAGCUAAUACAUACAACCUCAAUUGUGCCUUCGAUUUUUGUUUGUCUUAUUUCUCGGGAGACGCGGGCGGUUCCCCGUGUAGCGGCACUGUUCCCAUAGCAACUCCACUGUAAACAGUACGUAUGGGAGGCAAACUCUCAGACGAUAUUUGCGAUUUGGUUCGAAAUCACAUAGGCCAAAAUACGAGGCAGCAAUGUCUAAAAAACGUCCGGAGAAACCCAAAGACAGGUCAGAAAAGGCGAUCGCUGUAGUGGAAGACCCUCCGCCGACUAUAAUCACAAGAGUGAAUAAAAAAUGUGCUAGUCAUGCUAUUGAGGACUACCAGUGCUCUGGCAACCUUCACGUUGAUCUCCCGGAACUGUGCCUUCUCCUGGGCAUGAAGGAGAUUCCAGUUGUUACUCAGAGACCCGCAGCAUCCUCAAGCUCGGCUACGGAUGGAGAGAACAUCGAGCACGACAACUCAGAGGCGGAAAAACAACGGUUGUACUCCAAUCCUUGCGUCCUAGUGGUCUUAGAGAAUGAAGAACCCCUAAACCUCAAGAGCAUUAAGAUAUCUGGAUGGAAGGUAGAUAUGUUGGUGACCCGGAUGCUUUGCAAGAUUCUUCCUUCUUUGAGCAACCUGCUUAGCCUUCACUUGUGGCAAACCCGACUGUCAGAUAAGAUGGUAAUUUCUCUCAACAACACGUUCCCUCUGUGUUCCAACCUGAGGACUGUCAUACUGGAGGGCAAUCCUCUUCCAGAACAAAGUUACCACCUGCUAAUGUCUAAAGACAGCGCCCUCACUCACCUGUCGCUUAGAAACAACCGCAUCGGAGAGGAGGGAGCUCGCCUGAUUGGCUCGGCUCUCUCAACGACCACAUCGGCCAAUAGGAACCUUGUGAUUCUCAACCUGGCGUUCAACUCUAUCGGUGAUGCAGGCGCCACACACAUAGCCCAGGGCCUGCGUUUGAACCGGGGCCUGCUCUGUCUCUCUCUCGGCAACAACAAGAUAGGCGACGCAGGGGCGGCUCACCUGGCCAAAGUGCUUGGUCCGUUUGCUCUAACCCAAGAGGAGAUUGUGGAGCGGAGACAUCAGCUGCUGGAUCGAGAACAGAAUUCAUCAGAGCACUCUCCUCCUACAGAAAGCUCUCUGGGUACACCCAGCAGCUCCUCCCUGAACACCAACCUCAACAAGUCAAUGAGCAAAAGCAGUGUAAAAAGAAAGGAACCGCCUAAAAAAGAGGAAAAAACAGCCGUGACCAAGAAAGACGAUCCCAAACUGAUCAAGAAAGCCUCUGAACUCAAGGUGCAACGUGGGAAAGCAGGCAAGCCUGGAGCCAAAGACAAAAACCCAUCGGUUGGUGAUCCAGAGGAUAAGCCAGGCGGUCUAAAUGAGCUGCUUGACCACCAGGGAGAGCCGUUAGAGAGCCCCCUGCUGGAGACAACAGUGCAGGGCAGAAACGGCCAAGUCCUGCUGUCUGGGAACACUGCUCUCUGUUACUUAAACCUGUCAGGGAACAAGAUAUCGGAGCAGUCGCUGCCUUUGUUCCUGUCAUCUCUGCAAAAGCAGCCCGAGGGGGGGGGGCUCAGACGACUGAGCCUUCAGAGAAACAGUUUCUGUCCAGACUUUGAAGACUUUGUGAAGAUUCAGGAGCUAAUGGCGCUGCGAGAUCCACUCAACAAAACUACUGCCCCACAGCCGGAGCAGGAGGGCCAGGGGGAUUAGGAAAAAUAUGAAAUGGCUAACUCUACAGAGUAUCCUGGGUAGUAAUGUGAUCCUGUGAAUAAUGUGAAUUAUUUUCAUUAAAUGUAUUUGGUUGCAUAUUUUUGAAUCCUUGUUUUAAUCAUAGAAGAUACCAUUUAAUUAAAUAAAUACAUAUUUUUAUAUUCUGCCAGGGAACUAUUCUUUAGAAUGUAUGUGUGUUGGUUGUAUUUAAAUAGACAAUGUUACUAUAAAAAAUAACAUAUUAUUUUCUACUUGACAUAACUUUUCUACUUUAAACGGAUUUUGGUCGAUUAUUUA